ACUCACACACUCAUCCUCCUCCAGCCCCACCGCCCCCACCAUGGCCGCGCCCGCCCUGUCCACCUGCUCCGGCGACCUGAGCUACGGCAGCCGGGUCUGCCUGCCCGGUCCCUGUGACUCCUGCACCGGCUCCUCCUGGCAGGUGGACGACUGCCCAGAGAGCUGCUGUGAGCCCCCCUGCUGCGCCCCGGCCCCCUGCCUGAGCCUCCUCUGCGCCCCAGCGAGCUGUGAGCCCUGCCUCUGCCCAUCUGCCUGCACCAGCUCCUGCACGGCCUUGUGCUGCCCGCAGUCUAGCUGCCAGCCCUCCUGCUGCACCUCCUCCCCCUGCCAGCAGGACUGCUGUGUGCCCCUCUGCUGCAGGCCCGUGUGCUGCACACCUGUCUGCUGCAGGCCCGUGUGCUGCACACCUGUCUCCUGCAGGCCCGUGUGCUGCAGGCCUGUCUGCUGCAGGCCCGUGUGCUGUGAGCCCACCCCCUGCCCCUCGUCCUGCUGCAGACCCUCCUCCUGUGUGUCCCUGCUCUGCCGCCCCAGGUGCUCCCGCCCCACCUGCUGCGUCCCCGACUCAGCCUAGAAGUCCUGCUGCUGACCAGGCCCGACCCCCAGGGCCAGCCGGGCUCUAGGUCCACAGCCUCCCCAGUCCUGACCUGCGUUGGUGACUGUCCCCACUCAGGACAGAGUCCUGCUAUGUCUCCACUGUCCUGACCUGACCCCUGCUCCCAGGAACCCCAGACCUCUCUGUGCCUCGGGGCUCCUGCCUCCCAGGAGGUGCCUUCAUCGCCUCUGGAUCACCUGUCCCCCCUCCCCCUUUCUCUGCCUGGGUCUCUUGGCCUCGGCUUCCAGCCUGUCAGCACCUCCUCAGGCACCCGGAGGAAUAAACUCACUUCACCUGA